AUGGUCAAUCUGGAAUACAGCGUCACGUCUUGGGGCUCGCCGACGGCGCCGAAGCGCGCGCUGCUGCUUCAUGGGAUGAUGGGUACUGGGGCUGUCUUCUUUAAGGUCGCCGAGAUCCUGAUCAAGAACGGCUACGUGAGACAUGCUCACUCGCUUCGAGUCGACGCCCCCGACCUCCUAGGCCACGGCUGGGCGCCCCACGCCCCCUCCUCCGAGCGGUACACCGUCCCCCUCCUAGCCUCCUAUCUCGCUCAACACGUCUCCAAGGAGAAAUACGACGUCGUCGCCGGCGUUUCAUUCGGAUCUACCGCAAUCCUCCCUCUACUCGCGCAGAUGCAACACCCACCUGCGCGCGCGGUGCUCGUCGAGCCUAUUCUGGACAUGCCGUGCCCUACGCCCGAGCGGAUCGCAGAGAUGUUGGGCAGCUGCAGUGAUCCGCCUAGUGAGGAGAAGUUGAUGCAGAGCAAUCCCAAGUGGAUUAGGGAGGAGGCGAUUCUGAAGCGAAUGGCGUUUGUGCAGAUGGACUCGAGGUUGAUUACGGAGCUGUUCGAUGAAGUCAAACAAGGCAAUCUCUCGCAUAGCCUCAUUCCCACUCCUUCCUCCCUCCCCGCCACGGAAAUCAUCAUCCUCGCCGCCGACCCUGAUCUCGCCAGCGUCUACCCCGCAAGCAACGCCGCCUUGCUCGAGAAGAGCCACCCACACGUCAAGUUUGGGCGGAUCAUGGGUGCCACGCACGAUACGCACAAGACAGCGCCGGGGGUGGUCGCUGAUGUGAUCAUGAAUGGGAUGACGGGGGCUAUGGGGGUGGAGGUGUUGAGGUCGUAA